CCUUAGAACUGUGAGGCAGACGUGCUCACCAGUAAUCCACCAAGCCGCCACUUCAUAAAACUAGAAAAUAUAUUUACAUUCUCUUCUAUAAUACUUUUUUAUGACUUACAACAUACUGCCACCUGUCAUCAUAAAAGCAUGUUUAAAAAAUUGUGAUGUCUUUUGUGGGAGUAGAACGGGUUAAAUGCAUUUAUUUUGGUCACGGAACGAAUUAAACACGAAUCUCAAGGCACCACUGUUUAUACAUGCUGCAUAAAUCAGGCGUGUUGCUAGUAUAGUUACCGCGACACAUCCUUGUCGACAUCACUUCAAUAACGGUGGCCGCGGUGCGCUGAAGUUAUUUUUUGAUGAAUAUUUAAAGGGGUUUUUUUUGCCUUCAAGAAAAGCUAUGUGGUGACCAUAUGCUUGUGCGGCGCCUUGUAUUGACUAGCCACCACUGGAUGUUUCUGUUUUGUAUGUUACUUCUCCUGACCUUUUACUUUGAAAUAGCCGGAAGUGAGUUUACUCACUUUAUCGGUUUCCUGUUUGGCAGAAAAGGCGUCGUUAGUAAACAGCAGUGAAAAGGGGGAAAAAAAGACGGAGUCGCUUAGCGAGUGAGAACGCAAACAACACGUCUUUUUUUUUUUAUCAGUGCCGCUAAAGGUCGACGGUGUAGUUCGGUUGUAGGUCGCUGGCUUAGGUUGUCACGUUGACAAAUCCUCGUUAGGGGCGUCAGCCAGUUUGUUCGCUAGCUAGCGUUAGCAUUUUCAUUUGCAUUAGCAGCGGACGACGAAGAUGAUAGCGCUCAUUAACAAACUGCUGGACUGGUUCAAGGCGCUCUUCUGGAAAGAGGAGAUGGAGCUGACCCUCGUGGGCUUGCAGUAUUCCGGGAAGACCACAUUCGUCAACGUGAUAGCGUCAGGUCAGUUCAGUGAAGACAUGAUUCCCACGGUGGGCUUCAACAUGAGGAAGAUCACCAAGGGCAACGUCACCAUCAAGCUGUGGGACAUAGGCGGGCAGCCUCGUUUCCGGAGCAUGUGGGAGCGUUACUGCCGAGGAGUGAGCGCCAUAGUAUACAUGGUGGAUGCAGCUGAUGCAGAGAAGAUUGAAGCCUCCAAGAACGAACUCCACAACCUGCUGGACAAACCUCAACUGCAGGGAAUUCCUGUUCUGGUUCUGGGCAACAAGCGGGAUCUGCCAGGAGCUCUGGACGAGAAGGAGCUCAUCGAGAGGAUGAACUUGUCGGCCAUCCAGGACAGAGAGAUCUGCUGCUACUCCAUUUCCUGCAAGGAGAAGGACAACAUUGACAUUACUCUCCAGUGGCUGAUCCAGCAUUCCAGGACAAAGAGGAGUUCCUGAGAGUAGACAACCUCAAACCUCCCCGCUACACCUACUUGACCAAGCCCUUCCCCCCCUCAUCCCUCCAUUUUCAUGUUUGUUUCCAUGUUGCAUAAACUACACUAUCCAUGAGCCCCCUGCACCUCACGUGACAAGCUCCAAGAUCGUGGCAAACACACAGGAAGCAGGAAACCUCACAAAUAAAUCCCGGCCCCUCCUGGUCUUCCAAUCUCAAUUAACUAAGUCAAGUUUUUCUUAACAAAAAAAAGAAGCAGCAGCGUUUUAAACUUUGUUGUCAGGUGACAUCAGCAUGUUGGCCAUUUUGACUCAUCCUUCUCGAAACCACGAGAAAGAUGAACUUUGUUUCGUCUUCUCAUUUUCAUUUCUUCACCUUUCUCUUGUCUUUUUCUGUUUGUUUCCUUCCCUUCAAAAAAUGUUUUUAUUGCAUUCUUGAUUUUGUCUUUGUAAGAUAAGAAUAAUGACAAUAAUGUUGAUAAUCUUUUCAUGUGGAGCAACUUUUUAUUUGAGUUUUGUAUUUUUAUGAUUGUUAUUGUGUUUUUGACUUAUUGGACACCGGAGUCGUGAUGAUCAUGCUAUUUAUCUCAAUAGAUCAGCCUAGUUUAUUUAUCAAUCAUUUGAAUCAGACCCGUCGAUUUUUUUGGGGAGAUGUCGGCCAUUUUAAACGUGAGCCGCUUGUUUCUUCGGCAGCGCAACAUGAGAAAUGUAGAAGUUGGGUUCACGUUCACUUAAUGAAUUAAGAAGAAAUGUGAUGGGAUGUUGUGCUCAGGAGACGCGGUGUGAAUUUUGUCUAACUUCUCGCCAAAAUAAUGCAUCAAAUGAAGUGUGUCCACGGUAACAAAAAAAGCUUUUUAAACUCGUAAGAACAGAAUGAACGUAGACGAUGUGGGCUUUUAGGUGAAAAUGCACAACUGAAAUGAGAAAUUAAAGUAUGACAUGAAAACUUGUCUUUUCUUCCUUGCGUACCCUUUAUUUUGAAGGUUACUAUUCAAUAUUCACUAGACCAGUUGAGUAGAAAGUGUGAGAUUUACUGGCCAAACUUCUUGAAGAUAACGCUAGUAGAGAUUGAGAUUUAGUGUCCAGACAAUUUAGUGACCAAACAAUUGUCCUCGAAAGUAACACCAAUAAAAUAAUUUUGAUUUAACCACCUGUUCUUGAAGGUUUACACCAGUAAAAUGAUUGUGAUAUUAAAAGAUUGUCCUAAAAUAACUUUAGAUACAAUGUCCUCACCACAUUACGGUCGUGUCAUCGAAGGCAACAUCAGAGGAAACGAGAUUUACUGAUCAAAUGACUGUCCUUGAAAGUAACAUGAGUAAACGAGUAAAAUCUUUGAGGUUUACCUGCAGUGUUGGGGAGUAACGAAUUGUAUGUAAUGAGACUAUGUAAUUACAACAUUUCUGUAAUUGUAAUCCAUUGCAUUACUGGAAUAAAAUGUGUAAUUAAAUUAGUUGGUUUUGGAAA